GGCCACAGCGAGGAGCGCCCGAAGGAGCGAGCUUUUUUUUUUUACCACAACCAGCUAGGAAGGAAAAGAGACAGAAAACAGAAAAAGUGACAAAACCAAACGGUUUGUAAAAUGUCUAAAGUCCAAAAGCUGAGAGCUUUGGUGGAGGAGCGGCUGACUGCGGCUGCUGAAGACAUAUAUGUGCUGUUUGAAAGAAUCAUAGCCGAGUAUGAGGAGGAACUGUGUCGCUCCAAACAGGAGAACGAGAGGAACCAACGGCUCCUGGACUCGACUCAGAGCCCGAGAGUCAUACUGACCAGAGCCGGUGUCCACAUGUCCUCUCUGAGUCCUGGUCUCACUCUGAAACAGGAAAUCCCAGAGACUCCACAGAUUAAAGAGAAGCCAGAAGAACAGCACGUCAAACAGGAGGAAGAGGAGCUGCAAGUGUCUGUCCCUGGGGCCAAUGAUGGCUGUGUGAAGACAGAAGAGUCCUCACUGCUUCAACGAAAAGAAACUGAUCACAGAAAGGACAUCAGCUCAGAGACACAUGUCCAUAGAGAGGACACACAGGGAGAGGACAUCAGCUCACAGACACAUGUCCACCUUGAGACUGAGGGAGAAACAAAGCACUCUUCUGACACUAAGAGUGAUGAAGACUGGUGUGCUCCAAUCAGCUCUUCAGCUGCACAGAUGGAGACAGAGGCAGAUGCGCCGUGUCUCCCCGAGAUUGAGGAAGACACGGAGCACUCCUCUGACACUGACAGUGAUGGAGACUGGAGUUCUCCGAUAGACUAUUCAGCUGCACAGAUGGAAACAGAGGCACCAGAGACCAGAGCCACUGUGGACAAUGGGGACGUGUCAGGAACAACUGAUGGAGCUACAGGGAAGAAACAUCAGUGCUCUGUUUGUAAAAAGAGAUUUGGCUUAAAAAAACAUUUAAAAAGACACUUUAGAGUUCACCGAGGAGAGAAACCUUACAGCUGUUCUGUCUGUGAGAAAGCAUUUAGUCAAAGCAGUCAUCUCACAAAACACACGCGAAUACACACAGGAGACAAGCCUUACAGCUGUUCUGUUUGUGAGAAAGUAUUUACGCAAAAGAGUCAUCUUACAAAACACAUGAGAACACAUACAGGAGACAAGCCUUACAGCUGUUCUGUCUGUGAGAACACGUUUAUUCAAAAGAGUCAUCUCACAUACCACAUGAGAACACACACAGGAGACAAACCUUACAGCUGUUCUGUCUGUGAGAAAGCAUUUACUGGUAAGAGUCAUCUCACAAAACACAUGAGAACACACUCAGGAGAGAAACCUUACAGCUGUUCUCUCUGUAAUAAACGAUUUGCCCAGCGCUGCGAUUUGAAAAGACAUAUGAGAAGUCACACAGGAAAUGAAUAGGUUGAGGGUAGCACAAGAUUUUUGGCUGUGUUUUUGUGUUACAAGAGCCAGUUGUUUAAAAUGAAGAUUACAUUUUGUGACAGAAUGUACUGUUAAGAAUAAAAAGAAACAUUUGUGC